CUUCUGUGAUCAUACAGGUGAACAUGAUUAAAGAUGAUGGGACAGUUAUUCAUUUCAACAAUCCCAAAGUCCAAGCUUCCCUCUCUGCUAACACCUUUGCAAUUACCGGUCAUGCAGAAGCUAAACCAAUUACAGAAAUGCUUCCUGGAAUAUUAAGUCAGCUUGGUGCUGACAGCUUAACAAGCCUUAGGAAGUUAGCUGAACAGUUCCCACGGCAAGUCCUGGAUAGCAAAGCACCAAAACCAGAUGACAUUGAUGAGGAAGAUGAUGACGUUCCAGGUAAAUGACAUUUUCUUUAGUCUUUAGAUUUUUAGCAUCUCUUCUCACUCACUGCCUGGAUAACUCAGGCUUUUGUUGAUCAGGAGCUCAUGAAUUUAAAUUGAUGCACAGUGCUGUGUGGAUAGGAACUAAUGGAAAAGAACAGCCCUCCCCCUACUUAGAACUUAGAAAUUGUCAUAUAAAGCUCUGCUGCCUACAUUUGUUAAAUUAA